AUGUCAUUAAAUAUUGAUAUUGCACAACCAGUUGAUCCAGACUUAACUGCAAAACUUUUAGGACGUGGGGUUGCAGUAUCGCCUAUUGUUACUGUUGAACCACGUCGCCGUAAAUUCCACAAGGCUAUAACAUUAAGUAUGCCUGCACCGAAGGCUCACAGCCAGGGCAUGAUAAAUCAAUAUUCAGGCAAUACACCGACACUUCGCCUGCUGUGCUCCAUAACCGGUGGUCCUUCGCGGGCUCAAUGGGAAGACGUGACUGGCUCUACUCCACUGACAUUUGUCAACGAUUGCGUUUCGUUCACCACCACCGUAUCGGCUAGAUUUUGGCUUAUGGAUUGUCGUAACAUUAGUGAGGCCACAAAAAUGGCUACUGAAUUAUACAAGGAAGUCAUUCAUGUACCUUUCAUAGCUAAAUUUGUAGUGUUUGCCAAAAAAGUCGAACCAUACGAAGCCCGCCUGCGCGUCUUCUGCAUGACGGAUGACCGCGAGGACAAGACACUGGAGAAGAUGGAGCUGUACACACAGGUGGCCAAGAGUCGGGACGUCGAGGUGCUCGAGGGCAAGCCUCAGUACAUUGAAAUGGCCGGCAACUUGGUGCCGGUUACAAAGUCCGGCGAACAACUACAGCUACCAUUUAAAGCAUUCCGCGAAAAUCGACUUCCAUUUACGGUGCGUGUCAAAGACCAGCACGCCGACAUUGUGGGACGCACGCUCUUCAUGAAGGAGCCGAAGGUGGCUAAGGGGGAACCGCCGCAACAGCCCAUCUGCAUCCUGAAUAUUGUAUUGCCGGAUGCUGUCAUACCCGAUUCAGUUACGGCCUUUUCAGACAAAGUUACGCCCACAUAUCGCAGUUCGCUGUUGAACUUUAGCAAGCACCAGAACGAUCACUAUAUCGGGGACAUACGUAUAGUGGACCUGUCAAAUCUGCUGGGCAAGGAUUGGAUCCAACUUGCCUCCGAAAUUGGCAUCACAACGGAAGAGAUCGACGAAAUUAUCAACCAGAACACCGACAGUAUUGCUAGACAAGCUCAAAGCAUGAUUCGCUUGUAUAAGGACAAGCCAAAUUAUGAUUUGCCAGCCCUGGAACAGGCUCUCAAGAACAUCGGACGCGACGACAUUAUGAGCAAAUGCAAGAGCGGCAGACUUUCGCAUUCGCGUGACUUUGAUGAAACCGACAUUAUGAAAAAUUCGGAGUCGGUGGAGGAGCUUGUCCGACAAGAAAGCAAGCGGAUACAGCAAAUCCAUGAUCACGAGGAAAUUAAGUACUCGGCCGAGGAGAAAGAAAUCGAGGAAUCAGAAUCGGACGAGGAAUGUGUGAAGCGAUCGGUGGCUGAGAGGCGCGAUAAAAUCGUCAAACGCUUAUCGGUGGAACGACAGAUACCCGCUUCGUCCCAGAAAAAGGAAAUUUCCCGUGAAAUAACCGAAAUCAAACGUAAGAGCCUGAUCGAUGACAAGAAGGCCAUUCACGAGUCGGAAAUAAUGAUGCAAUUGCCCGCUGACAAUAUUGUAAAGUCUGCAGUGGUUCCCGAACAGGUUAUCAAAAUGAAGAUGGGCAAGAAGGAUUCGAGCGAAGUGAGCAAGAGCGACUUUGACAAGGAACUAACGCACAAAUUCAAAACAUCCAGCCGUAGUUCCGAGGAGGAAGACGACACCUCCAGCGCUGCAAAAUCGUUGAGCAGCCACGAAGAAGUGGACAAUUCGAAAAUCGUCAAGGACAUCAGCAGUGUUGAAAAGCCAAGCAAAAUUAUUGACUCAUUGAAAUCGGAAAUGCCAUCGUUGGCCUCCGGUCCCAAACAAUUAACUCAAGACUUUUUAGCAUUUGAAAAAUUCACACAAUUGCCAUCACAGCAAACCACCGCAGUGCCUGAAAAAUUCGUCGGAGAGGUAAAAGAAAAAUCGCAGGAAGUAGUACAGACUGCGCAAGAAAUUGUAAGCGAAACCGUGGAAACAGCUUCGAAGAAGGUAGAAACUAUAAUUUCAGCAUUUGAAACCAAGAAACCUGAGAACGGCUUCACCGAAACCAACACUGCUACAGCACCUUCCAAGAUCAUAGAUGAGACGGCAACACGCGUUCAAGACUCUAUAAUAGCAAAUCAAAAGAGUGCAACAGAUGCGGUGAAAAGUUUCUCGGAAACCAAAGUCGAAGAAACAAAAGAAUUCCUUCAGACCGAAAGCGAAUCGGUAAAGGAUAAAAUUAAGGCCUUCACCGAACCCAAAAUAUCCGAAGCUAAGGAUACCUCGUCUCGUAUUGCUGAAAAUGUAGGUAAGGCAAAGGAAUCCAUUGAGAAGGAAUCUUCGAGUGUCGCCGACUCACUGAAAAGUGGUGCCAGCCAAGUGCAAGGCAAACUGACAGCAGGAGUCGACAAACUGGGACAGAUGUUUGGCGGAGUAAAAAAUGCCGUCGUAUCCGAAGUAAAAGGAACCUCGGAAACAUUUGAAACAAAAGCUAAUGAGACUAAAACUGAAACCAAAGAAAAAAUCGAACAAAGCAUUACCGACACGAAAGAUGCCAUUGUCACCGAAACGAAAACUGUCACGGAAACUAUAAAAACAUUUUCAGAACCGGCAAAAAUAGAAGAAAAAAUCACACAAGCAAAGGACUCUGUGAAAGCAGAAGCCAAUAAUGUUGCCGAGACUAUUAAAUCGUUUACAGAUAAAGCUGGUGCAGCCGUCGACGAGGUCCAGUCGAAUAUUCAAAAGGAACAGGUAAUUGCUUCGGAUAAAAUUGAUCAAACAAUUGCCGACUUCGAAGCUAAGAAAGUAACAUACGAAUUUCGUGGUCUCGAGCCGAAGGUAACAUCAGCAGCUACCACUAACAUCGAAGAAGAACAAAAAAGUGCUCCAGAAGCUGCGCCUAGAAAAUCGGUGACCACAUUCGACGAUUCCCUGGAAAAACUGGAGGAGAUGAAAUCAAUUGUCGCCGAUGCCAGAAAAGUAACACGUGACUUUUUGUCCAUGGAACAGGAAUCUCAGUUGGCUAUGCCACAGCGAACGGGGGUAGUGGAAGAAACCAAACAAAUUGAAAAAACAAUCGUCGAGACCAUUACAUUCCCACCAGUGGUGGAGACCACUAUAAAGGAAGGUGAAUCUUUAGUAUCGAAAACUGGCGAAACACUUCAAACAGCACAACAACAAAUAGAAAAACAUGUUGACGAAGCCAAACACCUUUUGGGAGAUGGCAUUGAAGUCGCCGCACCCAUUACCAAGCCUGAAAUUAUUACAAGCUCCGUUAAGACCCUGACACAAGAUUUUCUGAACUUUGAACAAGCCGGUCCAAUGUACGCCUCCACAAGCAGCGAACCACGUAAAUCGUUGACAGAUGCCGAGUUUUGCAAAUCAGUCGAGGAGACCAUUACAAAGAAAAUGAGUGAAGGUUUAAUUGAAAUCUCCGAACAGCUGAAACUGCAAGAGAGCGAUAUUCCGCAUUCGCAGACACCACCACCAACCCCCAUUGAAACGAAAAACGACAAAAGCGAAUAUGUCGAAGGAACACAGAAAUCGACAAUUGACGAAGGUGAACAUAAGUAAAAUUCAAAUACAU